AUGGCCCAGACUGAGAAGUUGACAGAGAACAACUCGGCCUCGGCCCAAAAGCAAAAGUCAAAGAAGAACGACCAGACAGGUCCAGCUCCACCAGAUUGGGAGACUAUCGACCUUCCUCCAGAUUACAUUCUCGCCCAUUUGACAGACGCACACUGCCACCCCACAGACCUAACACACCCCCCAGAAGUAUACGACGCCGUCAAACUCGGGGGUUUGGCGGGGAUGGCGACUGUGAGGGAGGAUCAGGAUAAAGUCCGGGACCUCAGUUUGGAGAGGGAGUGGAUGGGAGGAGGGGGUGGGAGGAAGGGGAAGGAGGGGAGAGGGGUGGGGGUUGUUGCUUGUUUCGUAGGGUAUCAUCCGUGGUUUACACAUCGAUACACAUUCUCCCCUCCUGAAUCUCUACCUUCCAAAGAAGAACACUACACCUCUCUCUUCUUCCCCGCCUCCUCCUCCAGCUCCACCUCCUCGACCCCUCAAUCCGAAAAACAAUCCCAAGACCGCCACCUCCUCUCAACCCUCCUCCCCUACAUGCCAGAACCCCUCCCCUUCCAGCCCAUGCUCGCAAAGCUCCGAGAGGAUCUGAAGAAGAGUCUGGGAGAGGGCCGGUUGACGAUGCUGGGGGAGGUGGGGCUGGACGGGAGUGCGAGGAUGCGCUGGCCGGUGGGGGCAAAGCACCUUCAUCCGGAUUAUCAGGAUCCCAAAGGAGAAGGAGAAGAAGAAGAAGAAUGGCGCCGCCUAACCCCAUUCAAAGUCCCCCUCCCGCACCAACGCGCCAUCCUCCAAGCCCAGAUCGACAUUGCCAUAGAGCUGGGGGUGAAUGUUUCGUUGCAUAGUGUUGCUUGUUCUGGUCCGACGAUGGACGCGCUUAUGGAGGUCAAGAAGAAUUACGGAGAAAGGUUUUUGAGACGGGUUAAUAAACACCUCCCAAACCUCUUCAUAUCCCCCUCCAUCCCCAUCACCUCUCGCUCCCCGCACGCCCCCGCGCUCAUCCGCGCGAUCCCGCGAAACAGGAUGCUGGUAGAGUCGGACUGCCAUGAUGUGCGGUUGGUCACGAGGUUCGUUUGGGGGGUUGUGAGGUGGGUUGGGGAGGUUCGGGGGUGGAGUGUUGAAGGUUUGGAGCCGUGGCCCGGGGCAGGGGCACGAGGAGGAGGAGGAAGAGGAGGAGGAGGAGAAGGAGGGAUACAGGAAGGGGACUGGGAGAUGCAAGAGGAAGAGGACGAAGUGUAUGAUGAGAAAGGAAGACUUGUGGAGGGGCCGGUAUGGACUGUGAGGCAGGUUGAGCGGAAUUGGGCGAGGUUUAUGCGUCUUAUUCAGGAUCAGGAUUGA